AGUGCGAGUGGACGAGUGAGAAGCAGCACGCAGAAAGUAUGGAGACGGCAGAAGAGGAGGCCCAGCGGGAGCUGGACACCUACGAGCACGCAUGCAUGCGGGCCGAACUGCUGGGCCUGCCAAGGCCCACUUUCGAAGAGUUCGAGGCCAGCAAGUUGGCCAUUCGAAGUGCUAACUACGAUGAGGACGAACUGGAGGAGCUGCAGCGACGGCGGCAGCAGGAGGAGGCUCAAGACCAGGAGGCAGAACUGGUCGAGGUACAACUCACCGAGUUAGACAGUCAAAACGAAGACCUGAAGGGUGCCAGCGGAGGCUUGGACGAGCUUGCUAAUAUAUUGGCCAUCACCCAAGGCAAACUCAACAAGUUUAAGACUGUUUGCGGAAGCAUCAAAAACUUGUUCAAAUUGCGAGGUGAGGGUCAAGAUGGUCAAAGUGACGGCGAAACUACGGAAGGAGAGGAAAAUGCAACGGUUUCCAAAACGCCUGAGAGAGCUGCUGUCUCUGUAACUAACUCACCAAUGGCAGGAACAAGAAGCAAAGCUCAAGGUAUAAGCACCCAGCUGUCAUCACAAAAUGAUGCUCUAGACAGAAUGCUGAGCAAAGCAGAAAAUGCAGAACUCAGUCUCAGCAGCCAGAACAAGCAAAUUAAAUCUUUGUUGCGAUAAAAUCAGAAUAUGUAAUACAUAUUCUGGAUGUAAAAACAGAAAUUAUCUUCUCUGUGCAUGCUAUAAAAUACACUGCGAAAAUAAUCAAAGUCAGCCACUAUAUGUUACACUCUGCAAAAAUCUAAAAUAAGUCCGCCACAAUUUCCAUCAAAUUUCGUUUAAACAUAAAAUGAAGUUUUUUAAUUUAUCAUUAUUAUUCAACACAUAAUCCUCUUAAAUACUUAUGUAUUUUUUGAAGCAAAAUGUGGUUAUGCCAAUAUUUUAUAUUUUAUGUGCAGCUUAUUGGCAUCAGAAUUUAAUUACUUUGUCUCCCACAAUAUUAUUCAAAACAUUUUGCUUUAUUUAAGUUUGCUCCAGAUUUUUUGAAAGACUUUAAAAUUGAUAAUUACUUGUAAAUGUAUAGAUUAUGUAGCGUAGCUGCAAACACGUUGUUUUAUCUUGUACUACAUGAAAAAUAUAAUUUAAAAAAAAAUAUGUUUUGCUUUAAAUGUCAAGGCAAAAGCUAUAACCAUUUAAUGGUUAAAAUUAUUUAUAAAACAUACGCUUGGGCCAUGAUGAAAGCAAUUAUUAUUAAAAUCUCAUUUGAUGUAUGCCAAGAGACACCAACCAAAAAUCUAAAUAAUAUAUGUCAUCGAAUAUUGCCUGGCGUGAAAUAUGAAAUCUAUUGAUAUAAUAGAAUAGAUAAAAAAAAGAAUGUGGCUACGAAUAACAUUCUUGCCCACAAAAUUUAACCACAACAAAAUCUUCAAAAUAAGCUAAUAAUAUUGUAUGUCUUUCAAUUUCCCAUAAUACAUUAUUGUUAAGUGUGUUCAUAUUCACUUUUUUAUAAUGAUUGAAUACACAUCAAGAACAUGUUGUUUCAUAUUGUUGAUUAGAAAAUUUAAGACAUGUUACCUUGGGAAUUAUGUAAUUAUUUUGGUGAAACUAUUAGUGCAACACUUUCAUUAUUAAUAUGAUUAAUAAUAUUGCUGAAAAAACGAAUAAAAUUUUAAAACAAGC